UUCUCUUUCAGAAAGGGCCACCCCAGGCGACUGGCAGAUCGCACGCGGAGCAGGCUCAUUCAGCUCCGUUUGCAGUAGCCCAUCGUCAGAGGACUCAAGGGUACUGGCAAGUCCUGGGAGACCUGAAUGACUGAAGGAUGGUGCUGGUGGCCUUGCUUGGACUCAGCUGGUUCUGUUCACCCCUGGGAGCUUUGGUCUUGGAUUUCAACAACAUCAAGAUCUCUACGGAUGUGCAAGGCGCUGGAAAGGGCUCACAGUGUGCGUCAGACAAGGACUGCAGCGUGGGGAGAUUCUGCUUUAUGCUGCAUGAUGACAAGUCAUACUGUGCCACAUGCCGCAGAGUUCGGAGGAGGUGCGAGAGGAGUGCCGUGUGCUGCCCGGGAACAGUCUGCGUGAAUGAUGUCUGCACUGCCGUGGAAGACACAAGACCAGUAAUGGACAGAAACAAUGAUGGCCAAGACAGCACCUAUGCAGAAGGAGCCACCAAACGGCCCACGGAGGAAAACAGUGCUCAGGGGAAGCCCAGCAUUAAGAAAUCACAAAGCAGACAGGAGGGAGAAAGCUGUCUGAGAACUUCGGACUGUGGCCCUGGACUUUGCUGUGCUCGCCAUUUUUGGACAAAAAUUUGCAAGCCAGUUCUACUAGAAGGACAAGUCUGCUCCAGGAGAGGGCAGAAAGACACUGCCCAAACCCCAGAAAUCUUUCAGCGCUGUGACUGUGGUCCUGGACUGUUGUGUCGAAGUCAGGUGACUGGUAGUCGCCAACAGACAAGGCUAAGAGUAUGCCAAAGAAUAUGAGUUGUAAACACAAUUGUAAACAUGGGACUCACUGUGUUCACACAGUCAGGAACUAAUUUUAUUAUUGUUAUUUUAUUUUGUGUUUUUGAGACAAGGCUUCACUGUGAAGCCUUGACUAGGCUAGAACUUGCUGUCUACCUGGCUGGCCUUGAACUCAAAGAGAUCUGCCUGCCUCUGCCUUUUGGGUACUUCUUGGGCUAGAGGGAGGAGUUCUCAGACAGGGUCUCAAAGUAAGUUUUGUAGCCCAGGCUGGCCUCAAACUCAUGAUCCUCUUAUACCCGAGGCUUGGGAUCACAGAUGAAUAUUACUACACACAGCAUAUAUAAAAAGCCAAAUCUAGCAACUGAAAUACACAGCAACCUGUGUACUACGAGAUGCUGCACGGUGAAUUACUUUUGGCUUUUUGUAUCCUGUCUAGAAUAUUGACAAGAUUCUACAAUAAAACAAUUGACACAGCCAUUCAAUCUGUUCAAAUAAAGCUUUUUAAAAAAUUGA